AUGUCUGAAAGAAUGAACCUGUCUUGCUUUGGAAAUUUAUUUCGGUGCGCGCUCAGCGCCACUGUCUGUCUUACCAUAUGUAUGCUCUGGAUAGCUCGAAUUAACUGGGUCUACGCUCUUUCAGAUAUCGGAGCCAUACCUUCCUUCACGCGUUUAACCAAGAUUCCCCGGCUCGAUCCAAGUUUAUCAGCCUCGAUCCCAAGUCUGACAUCCGCAGUGAAAGUCGAGUCGGUUGAGAAAGUCGAGCCGGUUGAGCAAGUCAAACCGGUUGAAGCUUUUAGAGAUGAACGGAUUUUAAAGUUAGAUAGAUAUCAGGAUCCAACAUCACAAAAGCUUCUUCUACAUCUUAUGACGUCUUCCAAAUAUCAAGAACUUGGCUUUGCUAAAAAAUUUAAAGUCAUAGAGACAGUCGAACGUAAGAAUAAAUUCGCGUUAGUUGAGGAUAAGAUUGCAGAAGUUCUAGAACAGAAUGGAUUAGAUGUUCCUAAGGAUACUAUCAGACUUCAACUUUGGGGAAAGUAUGCUAAUAUUGCCUGGGAUAAGUUAUCAGGAGAUCAGUUGGAAGAUUACGUGAAGACCAUAAUUACAAAAAUGAAUGCUGAUACUAAAGGUGCUAAAGAGAUCUCAAAGAGAUACGCAGAAGCCAUAUCAAGAGGAAAUUAUGGAGUCAUAAUCGAUAAUGAAGCGGAUGAUCUACUCUACUUAUUAUUGCAGUUUGAAGACGGGAUAGUGCCAAAGUUUUUGAUCUCUUAUGGCGGUUUUACGGAAUUGAGAUAUCAAUCUCUGGUCGAAUUUAUUGAGGAGGCUUGUAGAGAAUAUAAAAUUGAACCGGAGAGGAUACCAAAGGUUUACAAGGGUUUUCCACAUCCUUACAAAGAAGGCGACGAACGGCAUCCUUACGAUUACGAAGAGGGAUCAGGUGUGAUUGAAGAAGCUAAACGAGUGCAGUAUAUCGAAGAAUCUCAAGCUCUUGAAAAGUCUUUGAAAGAUGAUAGUGGUAAAGAAUGGAAGACUGAUGCUUGGAGCGAUCCGACGUUCAAGGAAGGAUUGGAUGCAUUGAGGGACUUGAUUGAUAAAGAAGACUACACUGCUAUCGCUGUUCUGACUUCUCCAGCUGCUUUACACCACGUGAUAGAUGAGGAUCCGCGAAGAGCGAGAAAGGUUGGAGUGACCAUGGCGAGUCCAUGGACGUAUGAUAUGAAUGAAAAAGGAGUUCUCUACACAAGGACAUAUAAUUCAGCAAGACAAAUCGAUAUCAUGAAUAAAUUAUUGAAGUCGGAUGUCGAUUUUAUAGGUGUUGGUGGAGGAACAGCUAGAACUGAAGGAAUGAGGACAAUUCACGACUAUCAACAUGGGAAUAAGGGUGCAAAACUUUAUUUGGAUCCUGGCUUAAAACAUUUAGAUACAGUUAUUUCUACUGAGUCACCUUUCAGACUAUUGAGGAUCAUUGCACACGCAGGUAAUAAUGUGAGUGCUGGAAAAUGGAGAGAUUGGGAUGGAUACUUUUCUGAACUUUGGAAGUAUUUAGAGAUCAAAGAACCUGAAAGACCUAAUUUGGAAAGACUGAGAAAGAAACCUCAAGGUGUAAUUGAUUUAUUAGAAAAGGAAGCGGAAGCGAAAAAGGCAAAGUUAGAAGAAGAGUUGAAAAAGAAGAAGGAGGAAAUGGGAAAGGAUGAUAUGUUAGUUGAUGAAGAUCCAAAGAAGCUUCCAUCUGAAGUUGACUUGGAAAAAAAGAAGGAGGAGGACAAACCACCUAAAGUCGCCGGUUGGAAUUUAGAUAGACUCAUAACUCUUAUGAAAAUCUGGUAUCUUUGGGGAGGUGAAGUACUCUGGCAAGCACCAUCUGCUGAUUUGCAUGCACUUAUCACCACUGAACCGUCAUAUGUUGAAGGUAUCUUGGGGGCAGUUCGAUAUGAGUCGAAAGAUUGGCCGGCUGAGUUUGAUAAGGAGGGUAAUCCGGUCCCGCCGAAACCGAUACUUGAUCAGAUGAUCAAUAGCGAUUCAAGCAAUCUUUACUCUAUUAGUAACAUGAGAUAUAAUCUUGUCAUUGAUAAACUUCAGGGGGUUUUGAAUAAAUUCAACGAAGCUAGUAAAGCUUCUGAGCAUCCUGCAUUGGAUUCUCAUAAAUGA